AUGGACGCUGCAGCUAUGGAACUUGCACGGCUCGUGCUACGACAGGAUGCUGGCUCUGAUUCAGAGGCAACACCUGCCUGCGCAAGCUCCAACGACUACGACGGCCGCAUGGGUGUGCGCAUCUCGUCAAUCUUCGUUAUCCUCGUGGGCUCACUAUGGGGCGCCAUCUUCCCCACAUUUGCCAAACGUGCGAGGACAAAGCUCGUACCUGCCUGGACCUUCUUCGUGGCCAAGUACUUCGGAUCCGGUGUCAUCAUUACGACAGCUUUCAUCCAUCUUCUUGCACCUGCCAACGAGGCUCUCGGCAACCCUUGUCUUGUCGGUCAAACGAUUUCCUCAGACACUUACCCAUGGCCCGAGGCGAUCGCUCUCAUGACCGCCUUCGUCAUGUUCUUCCUGGAGCUAAUGACCAUGCGCUACGCUAAGUUCGGAGACCAUGACCACGGCGACAGCCACUCUCACAGUCACGGCGACGAGCACAGUUUGGAGGACAAGCGCGCCACUCCUGAAGAAACGAUAUCCCAGCCUUCCCAUGUCCGCGGUGAGGAUCACCUUGGCCACCAACGCGACCACACGGACAACUCAGCUCUUAGCCCAAAUUGGGAAGCCCAGGGCAUCAUCCCUGAGACCUACGCCGCGCAGCUCACCGCUGUUUUCAUUCUCGAGUUCGGCGUCAUCUUCCACUCCAUCUUCGUUGGUCUCACCCUUGCGGUCGCCGGUGACGAGUUCAUCACGCUAUACAUUGUGCUCGUCUUCCACCAGACGUUUGAAGGACUCGGUCUGGGCGCGCGUCUCGCCGAGGUGCCGUGGCCGCGGAGCAAGCGCUGGACACCGUACCUGCUAGGUCUCGGGUACGGCGUCUCAACACCCAUUGCUAUUGCUAUUGGCCUCGGUGUGCGAACCACGUUUGCGCCAGAGUCGCAGACCACGCUGAUCGUGAACGGCAUCUUCGACUCGAUCAGUGCGGGAAUUCUCAUUUACACUGGUCUGGUUGAAUUGAUGGCGCAUGAGUUCAUGUUCAGCCCGUACAUGCAGAAGGGACCUGUUAGCCGAACACUGUAUGCUUUUGGCUUGAUGGUUCUCGGUGCUGGCUUGAUGGCUCUGCUUGGGUUCUGGGCUUAG